AGUUUGAGAAAGUUUUUCGUGUAUCGUGAUUCGCGAUGAAUGUUAUUUGUUCAAUUUGCACAGAAUCCUUGCGUCCAAAUGUGGAUUUCAGUGCAAAUUCCUGUGGUCAUAGUUUCCACAGUCAGUGCAUCCAGCAAUGGAUUCAGAGGUUCCUGGACAAUGAUGGAGAUUCCUGCUUUGUGCAGAAACCUUAACCUUUGGCGAAAUCCAACCUGCCCUCAGUGCAGGAAAGUCUGCACAAAGAAGCAUCUCUGUCGACUUUUCCUUACAAUGACGGAGCAACAGCGGAUGCAGCAGGAUGAUGUGAUGAGGCAGAAAGAGAAGGAAUUGAAGGAUCAGAAGACACAGUGGGCAGUUCUCAAUCAAAAGUAUCAAAAUAAAGUUAAAGCUCACGAACAGACAAUUCAUGAAGUUCAAAUCCUCCGGAGCGACAAGCAGAAAUCCUCGAAGAUAAUCAGUAAUCUGGAGAAUAGACUAACUGAGGUCAAUUCCAUCAUAGCUAAUAAUUGUCAGAUGAAAGAGGAAGUUAGGACUCUCAGGACAUCCAAGGAAAAUUCCGAGAAAACCAUGAUCUACCUAACAAAUGAACUUAUUUCAUUUAAGGAAGUAUAUUUUCAAAUGGAAAAGGAAUUGAUUUUUUUGAAAAAGGAAAAGCAGAAGUUCUCCAAUACUACAAUAGUGUCUCUGAGGCUGAACUUCAAAGAAAAAUUAAGUGAGGAAGAUUACGAAGAUUUCUCCAGAUUUAUUGAUACAUUACUUCAACGAGAAGAACAAGCUGUGACAGAAAAGAAUAUAGCUGUAGAAAGAGAACAUAUAUUUUACGAAGCUCUUGGGGAAUUGAGCAAGAAAAAUAAAGUAUUGCAAGAAAAUCAGCAUCAGAUUCUGAAAAGUCUAGAAUCCACGAUCAUCGUGAAUCAUCAUUUGGUAUGGUUUCUCCUUGCAGCAGGAUCUGCUGUAUUUCUAUACAGACGAAUCAGGUCAUAAAAGGAACUCAAAGGAUCCUAUUCUUUUCCUCCGAAGACACUUCUUGAUCCCAUUAAGGGACAUCAUUGCUAUUUUAUGUAUUUUAUCACAAUAAAAUGUGAAUUAUUCACAAAAUAUAUAAUAAAAGCAUUAUCUAAUAUUAA